GGCUCUUACUCCGCGGUGUGCUGCACCAUUGGCCAAUGAACUGCGGGUGUCUUCAGGGCGGCGCAGCCCCGACGGAGCUUGUGAGAGGAUCAGUCUGGGCGCUGCGUUUGCGGCCGUGAGGGGACUAGCGCGACGGCCAGGUGGAUAACCAGUCUUUCAGAUGGCAGAUAACAGUAAAACAGAAGAUGCUGCCUCAGAUUCUGUGGAAGCUGCUAAAGGUACAGGAGACAAAAAAGAAAAGUUAGCAGAUCAGGUGAUGCAGAAUCCACAAGUCUUGGCAGCUUUGCAGGAACGACUUGACAAUGCACCUCAUACUCCUUCCAGCUAUAUUGAAACCUUACCAAAAGCAGUAAAACGAAGAAUUGAUGCCUUGAAACAGCUACAGGUGAAAUGUGCCCACAUAGAAGCUAAAUUUUAUGAAGAAGUUCAUGAUUUAGAGAGAAAGUACGCAGCCCUUUACCAGCCUCUCUUUGAUAAGAGAAGGGAUUUUAUCACUGGUGUUACUGAACCUACAGAUGCCGAGGCAGAAUGGCACAGUGAAAACGAAGAAGAGGAGAAACUAGCUGGAGACCUGAAAAAUAAAGUAGUAAUAGAAGAAAAAGAAGCAGGUGCAGCAGAAGAGACAAAUCCCAAAGGAAUCCCAGAUUUUUGGUUCACAAUAUUUAGAAAUGUAGAUAUGCUGAGCGAAUUAGUACAGGAAUAUGAUGAGCCAAUUUUGAAGCAUCUGCAGGAUAUCAAAGUGAAAUUUUCUGAGCCAGGGCAGCCUAUGUCUUUCACAUUAGAGUUCUACUUUGAGCCCAAUGACUACUUUACUAAUACACUUCUGACAAAAACUUACAAGAUGAAAUCAGAACCAGACAAGGCAGAUCCGUUUUCGUUUGAAGGCCCUGAAAUUGUUGACUGUGAGGGAUGUACUAUUGACUGGAAAAAGGGGAAAAAUGUUACUGUUAAAACAAUAAAGAAAAAACAAAAACAUAAGGGGCGAGGCACUGUCAGAACAAUUACAAAACAAGUCCCCAAUGAUUCAUUCUUCAACUUCUUCAGUCCAAUAAAAGUUUCAGGAGAUGGAGAAUCACUGGAUGAAGAUUCAGAGUGUACUUUAGCUAUAGACUUUGAAGUUGGGCACUUCUUCCGUGAAAGAAUAGUUCCUCGAGCUGUACUCUAUUUCACUGGGGAAGCUAUAGAAGAUGAUGAUAACUUUGAAGAAGGAGAGGAAGGAGAAGAAGAGGAGUUAGAAGGUGAAGAAGAAGGAGAGGAGGAGGAAGAUGCAGAAAGUGAGCCCAAGGUGUAAUUUAAGUCUGUUUAUCAUUCAUUCAUUUAUAGAAAGAUGCCAGUCAGCCUGCUGAGUGCAAACAACAAUAAGGAAAUACCACUCCAGAGUGAUAUUUUGAACAACCUGUAACAAAUAUUUGGAUACCUGGCCUGCAGUUCAGGAUAUACCAUUGCUGCAGCACAAUCUUAUUAACGAUGCUUAAAAUUAAAUUGUUUUCAAAUGCAUGAUUUUCACUAACUUUUUUUCUUAUUUUUGCUUAACUUGUACAGUGGCAACUUAAUGCAUUUGAGAAAUAUGAGGUUUAAUUAAGCGCACUCUACAGCCUUUGGUACACUGUAGCUUAAUUGUCUCAAUAGGCUUUCCAAAAUUUAAAAAAACCCACAUGCUACUUUACCAUUCAGAAAACUUUCCCUUUCUUCAAAGUACGUUUUUUCUCAAUGUUGUGGAAUGGUGCACAUGAGAAUAUACUAAAUGAAUGAAAUACUGUCACUGAAAUAAGGCAAUAUGAUUUCUGCUAGCCCUAAAUCCCUUUAAAAAUAACACUUUCUGCAACCUAUCAAUCGGACAAGUGCUUGCAAGCAGCUUAAAAUUAUUGCCAUCUCCAGGCAAUUAAAUCUGAAGUAAUGUUUUCUUUAUCUUCUUCAAAGGAGGUGAUGGUAUUUGAGAUGCUUUAUUGUUCACUUUAUUUAUUCAUUUUUGUAAGUACCUUGAAGUAGGCUUUUAAUAGUUUUAAAUAUACUUGAAAAAUAUUUGUUCCUGUUUAUAAAAUAUGGGGAAUAGUACAAGGAAAACUCAGAAUCUGCUCAGAGAAGGGUUGCUUUAUUUCAAUAUUUCAGAAUAUCAGAAUGCGAAAGGAGUGGUCCUAGGACAGACCUUGUAGCUCAACUAGUCUAGUCUAACCCAUGUGAUGAGGAAGUCAUUGAAUUGGAAAAAUAUAAAUUCAAAUCUUGGUGAGUUUAUCGUCAUAUUAUUUGCAAUAAUCAAUUUGCUCUGUUGCACACUUCCAUGGUUUCUACAGCUCAGAAAUCCUUCAAACGUCUGUUCAAAACUUCAGGUUCACAUUUCUUUAAGCAUACAGUGCCAGCUUCUGGCAAAAGUUCAGUACUAGCGACUGUGUGAAUGCUGUUACCAGGCAUGUAGAGAGUGCUCUAGCCUUACCUUAUACAUUUGUAACUUAAUACAGUGUUUUCAAUUUGUACAGAAUAGUUAGAAUAUUCUAUUAAAGUUGUGAAACAUGAAA